GAUGAUCUUAUGAAUUUGAAUCUAAAACUAAAAACCCUUUUGAUCUCUUGAUGAUCCUCAUAUCUAAUUUGGAGUUAACCUAAAAAAAUUGAUACUUUAAAAGGUGAUGACAAAAGAAAGCCCAGCAGAUGGGGUAGCAGAAGAUGAAGGAAUAUGGCAAGGCCUUUGAUUACUAGGGGCAAAAUCUUCCAUAAAAAGGCACAAAAUAAUGUUAGCCCUAGAUCACUCCUUUUUCUUCUUUGCCCAUCCAAAUUUCUUGCUAUUUUCUUCAUCCCUCUCUUAACCAUCUUUUUCACUUCUUCUACCACAAAAAACCCUCUUUCUUUGUGGCCUUUUAUAGAAUCAUUUCAACUUCAAUUCCCAUACCCUAGUUUUUCUUCACCCCAUCACCCUCUUCCAUGGAGCCCCAUCACCUCCCAAACCCCUCUUCCCAUCUCCAAUUUUCCGCCAUCGACGAUCCCGACAUUGUUCACCUUCACCAUGUUCACGAGCUCAGUUCUAUUUGGCCGUCGUUGUUGCCUCAUCAACCGCUCCCUACCUCAUCCACCCAUCUGAUGUCAGGCUACGGUAAUGAUCAAGAAGAGCCAGAAGAAGAGCUUGGUGCUAUGAAGGAGAUGAUGUACAAGAUCGCCGCGAUGCAGCCAGUCGAUAUCGACCCAUCAACUAUUCGAAAACCCAAGAGACGAAACGUUCGAAUCAGCGAUGACCCACAAAGCAUUGCCGCUCGUCUUCGUCGAGAAAGAAUCAGCGAAAAGAUCAGAAUUCUUCAAAGGCUUGUCCCUGGAGGAACAAAGAUGGAUACAGCUUCAAUGCUAGAUGAAGCCAUUAGGUAUGUCAAGUUCUUGAAAAGACAAAUCCAAUUUCUUCAGUCAACUCAGCCGAGCACCGGCGACUGCGCAGCCGCCGGAGGGUGGCCAUUUCCAUUCCAUAAGGCUAAUGCUUCAAACUCCUCGUCCACUUCCAUGGAAGCUACUCCAACCAUUAUGCCAUCAGGAUGGUGAGCAUUAAUAUCAACCAAAUUAAGUGUAUGGUUGUGAUUAAUUACUAAUCAAUAUGUUCGUAAUUGUACGUUCAAAUAGAAUCGUAAGGAUAAAACACUACAUCAUCGACGUUUGAAACAACAAUUUGAUAUGUUAUGAA